GUGAAAGGCCCGGGGACGCUGCGUGUGGCAGCCAUGGGGAAGGUGAAUGUGGCCAAACUCCGGUACCUGAGCCGAGAUGACUUCAGGGUCUUGACCGCGGUUGAAAUGGGUAUGAAGAAUCAUGAAAUUGUUCCCUGCAGUUUAAUUGCUUCUAUUGCCAGCUUGAAACAUGGAGGCUGUAACAAAGUUUUAAGAGAAUUAGUGAAACAUAAACUGAUAGCUUGGGAACGUACCAAAACUGUCCAGGGCUAUCGAUUGACAAACGCAGGCUAUGAUUACCUAGCUUUGAAAACACUUUCUUCUAGACAGAUAGUCGAGUCUGUUGGAAAUCAGAUGGGUGUUGGUAAAGAAUCUGAUAUUUACAUUGUUGCAAAUGAAGAAGGACAGCAAUUUGCAUUAAAGCUUCACAGAUUAGGAAGAACCUCCUUUCGCAAUCUGAAAAACAAGCGUGAUUACCAUAAACAUAGGCAUAGUGUGUCUUGGCUUUAUUUAUCUCGCCUUUCUGCCAUGAAGGAAUUUGCGUAUAUGAAGGCAUUACAUGACAGGAAAUUUCCAGUUCCCAAGCCAGUUGAUUACAAUCGCCAUGCAGUAGUCAUGGAGCUCAUAAAUGGUUAUCCUCUAUGUCAGAUUCACCAUGUUGAAGAUCCUGCAUCGGUAUAUGAUGAAGCUAUGGAACUCAUUGUGAAACUUGCAAAUCAUGGUCUGAUUCAUGGAGAUUUCAAUGAAUUCAAUCUCAUAUUGGAUAAAGAUGACCAUAUUACCAUGAUUGAUUUUCCACAGAUGGUUUCAACUUCCCAUCCCAAUGCUGAAUGGUAUUUUGACAGAGAUGUUAAAUGCAUUAGAGAUUUCUUCAUAAAACGUUUCAGCUAUGAGAGUGAACUUUAUCCAACAUUUAAUGAUAUCAGGAGGGAAGAUUCUCUUGAUGUGGAGGUGUCUGCCAGCGGUUACACAAAGGAAAUGCAGGCAGAUGAUGAACUGCUACAUCCAGUAGGUCCAGAUGAGAAAAAUACUGAGACAGAAGAGGGGUCUGAGUUCUCACUGUCAGAUGAAGAAGGUUUGGAGAAAGCAACAGUGUGCAGAUUAGAAAUUGAAAGUGAACAGAACUCUGUUGAUGAGAUAGGUAGCUCAUCAGGAAUCCUUGAACAAAUAAAGGAAGACGUAUCAGAGGAGACUGCUAAUGCACAGAAUUUUGAAAUGACCAAAUUCAUUGAAGCUAUAGAAGAAAUAAAAGGGCAGAGUGUAGAAAACAAUUCUUUGAGUCAGUGUUUUGAGAAGAACAGAGCAGAAAAUGACAGCGUACAGAAUGGUCAUACAGGUCAAGGAUGCCCUGCUGGCUUUGAAGAAUAUGAAGAUGAAUGCCCCCGUCUGAUUGCCUUGUCAUCCUUAAACAAAGAAUUCAGGCCUUUCAGAGAUGAAGAAAGUGUGACAAGUAUUAAGCAGUAUAGAACAAGAACUCUGAGUGUUACUUCUGCAGGCAGUGCUGUGAGCUGUUCAACAAUUCCUCCAGAACUGGUAAAACUGAAGGUGAAACGUCACCUGACGAAACAGCAGAAAUCAGCUGCCAGACGUCGAUUGCAGAAAGGAGAAGCUAAUGUAUUUACCAAACAGCGUAGAGAAAAUAUGCAGAAUAUUAAAUCAAGUUUGGAAGCAGCUAGCUUUUGGGGAGAAUAAUGUAGUCAAGAUACUGAGUGCUUCAUAUAUAUGUUCAUAUAUAUAAAGCCUAUUCUCUACUACCUUUGGUCUUUGAAGGACAGUAUUUAAAUAAAUAAACCUUUCAUCU